AUGGUUGAGGUCCCCACUUGGGUGCGCAUGCGUUCCCAUUGUUCCUGGCGGCGGAACCAGGAACCAAGUCGUACAGUCGAUACAAUGGCGGUGUCGCCGAUGUAAUUUUUUGACUGACAAUCAAGUUUAUGCAAAACUCUAAACCUCGUGUUUGAAAUCGUAAAAUAUCGCCGAUUUUUCCGUUUUUGACAACGAAACAUAACAUUGCGACACGUUGUUUGUAAUACUACCAUGUGAUUGGUUUGCGUGGUGUUUGGUAAAACGCCCUUAUCGAUUUUUGGUGUUUGGUGCUGCAGGGAGACGUGUUUCGCAUGUCUCAGCUUCUCUUUGAUUUUUCUGUUGAAAGUCACCGAACGUGUUCAGUAACAUACCCCGAUGCAGUUUCGUAUUAAUGACUGUGCGUUUUCCCGUGGUGUUAAGUCGGUGGUUGUGGUGGUGAGUCAUUCCACAUGUCGAAGAUGUUUGAUGCUGGACGAAAUCUCGCAUUGAUGGCUUAUUAUCGUGUGAGGGGAGUGACUUGCGUGGGUUUUUGAUGCGUUAUUUUGCCCCAACUCGAAUUAUUUGUCGUUUGUGAUUUUUUUUCUUCUUCAUUUUGAAUUUUUCGACAAGAUGGUGUCGCGGUACGUGACCAAUGGGCCUGUCAAAGAGGGCAUAUGUUUGUUACCACCCACACAUUAUAGGAUGAUGCCACCGCAACGAACUGAUGGUUUUCAUGUACCUACCCAGCCUUAUGUGCCACAACAACAGCCCAACCAGCCGGGUAAUCAGGCUCAAACAUUGAGGGGCAUAGCACCGACAGGGCCUCCAAAUCAAGCUUCGACUCCACCGAACAACGACAUCAACAAGGUUCAAUCGGUGCCGCCGCAACAGUCGAUGAGUCACAUGUACGUAACUCCACAGCAACCAGUGCGUGGAACCCAAGGGACUUAUUACAGAUCAGGACCUCCUAGUCAACAAGCAAGGAUGCCCGCCCAGCACCGGAAUCAACAACAAAUUUAUCAAACUCCAGCAGCAACCCAAUAUGUGCCGAUGCCUGUUCCUCCUGUGUAUAUAAAUGCAAUGCCAUAUUACAACGGUCAAAGGCCGCAAGCUUUUGUACCACAAACUCCUUUGCUUUAUCAAGGAGGACAGCAUUUGCCGUCUCAAUUUACGUUUCAACCAAACCCAAAUCAACCAUCAGUACCUUUUCCUUUUUAUUCCAUACGACAGAAUCAUCCGUCACAAACAGCGACGGUUCCUCCGAAUUCCAAUCAACCUAUUCAAACUAUUAACAUAACUCAAACGCAACCUACGUUUCAAACGCGGCAAAAUAAACGUAGAGCUAAAGCAAUACCUGUUAUAGAUCCAGAUACUGGUGUUGAUCGAUUAGAUGAAGUUUACGAACAAAAUAACUCCCAUCCUCCUUCCGGUGAGUCAUCAGCGAGACAAACUCCACAACCUGUUAAUAAUGUCAAUAAAGAAAUUCAAGCCACUUUUGCGAAACAAGUAUUGCAAGUGGCGAAUAGUGAACCUAGUUUAGACGAUCAAGAAAUACACAGUAGCUCUUUAGAUCACGAAACACUCUAUCCCGGAACUGGUCAAACGUCGAAACUUGAUCAUCUCGUGCAAUCGAGUAACUUAAAGGUGCAGGCCCCAGAAUUCGUACUGAGUCCAUCGAAUACUGCCAAAGAAACACCGAUAGUUUCCGCGAUUUGUGACGCCGUCGAAGUCACAUUACCCAAUAAACAAAUGAAGGAUCGUGAAAGUCCAGCAAAAGGCCGUAAACAGAAAGAGCAACAGCAACACAAGGACUCCGUCAAAGACACUCCAAUCAGGGAAAAAGUCAGUGAUAAAGAAUCUUCCAAUGUUAAUAAAAGCGAUAAUAAAUCGAAAGAAACGUUAUUACCUAGCGCGAGUAUUGCACCAACAGUGAGUACUACUCCGGUAACGGUUACGAACAAAGACAAUAAAGAGGUUGUGACGACGCUGCAUCGUGACGAUAAAAAAAAUCAAAAGAAAGACACUAAAAAUGAUACAAACGUGCCUAACGUCGAUGUUAAUGAAAGUGCAAACGUUUCGACGAAUCAACCAGCUCAACCCGCUCAAGAUGUCUCAACAAGUGCUAAAUCGAAGAAUGCUUCACAGAGGACGAAAGAUGGACAAAAGCAGCAACAGAUCUCCGCGUCGAGUAACCAGAAACAAGCUGCUGCUGCUGCUGUUGCUGGGGCUGUCGUGCCUGCGCCCCAGCCCUCAAAACCGAACAGUAAAUCAAGUAAAAAGAAUGAACUCAAUCAAAAAGGUGCAAAUAAAGAAGGCACCGAUAUGGACGCAUUCAACGAUAACGUUCAGUUGGAUGACGUCAACGCAAAUGUUAGUAUCAAUAAUGAAAUCAAUGCAAAUUCAGUCGUAAAUAAUACGAAUAAUACGACGGUUCCUACAAGUGAUGCUAAUAAAAAGAAUCAUAAUACUGAAACUUCAACGUUUAGGACUGAAACAAAGACUUUACCUAAGAGCAAAGUUGAUAUUACUGAUAUUGUUAAGGAAAAACCGAAACCAAUCAAAUCAUUUCCACAACCAACUGAAACUCAAGACGAAAUUGAUCGAGCCACGCCGUUGAACAACGAUAAGUUGGUACAAGCGAAAAAUGAAGCAAAUACCAAAGCCAGUUCGGAGAAUAGUACAGGGACAAUCAUCGAACCGAAGCCCGCGCUACCCUACAGGGACGGUCAAUGGGCCCCAGAUAAUUUAGAUGGUAAGAAAGUCUACGAUAAAGAUUUCUUGAUGGCUUUGAGACACGACCCUGCUAGCAGAAGAAAACCUGAAAAUAUUCCUGACGUUAUAGUAGCAGAUGAACGAGGGCGUCUCAGUGAUGGAAGAUACUCAAUAGGUGGCGGGCGGACUGAUUUUGCCCCUUCGUUUAAUUACGGUGGCAAAUCUGGUUCGCAAAGAGGCCCGCCGCCUAAACGUAAUAGCCAGUCUGGUAAAGUUGGUGGAGGAGGCGGCAAAGGCAGUAAAUCUCAAAUGAUUAAAGUGUCGAUUUCUGUUCGUGAAGACGUUAAAUUGCACGAAGUAGAGAACGCAUGGAAGCCAGCUCGAUUCCAUAAGAGCGAAAAUAUGUCUGACGAGGAGCGAAAAACUGAAGAAUUGUAUAGGAAAGUUCGUGGUGUGCUCAAUAGAUUAACGCCACAAAAAUUCGAUACGUUGGUCAGUCAAGUUCGACAAUUGCAAAUCGAUACAGCUGAACGAUUACAAGGUGUGAUUGAUUUAGUUUUUGAAAAGGCUGUUGAUGAACCGAAUUUUUCGGUUGCUUAUGCACUUAUGUGUCGGGAAUUGGCUCUUAUGCAAGUACCUGCUACGAAUAGUUCUGACGAUAAAAAAGAGUUUGUCAACUUUCGGAAAUUGCUCGUUACUCGAUGUCAGAUUGAAUUUGAAAAACAAUCGCUCGAUGAAAAUGCUAGACCUCAAAAACUUAAGGAAAUUGAGGAUUGCACCGAUCCGGAAAAGAAAAAGGAGUUGACUUUUGAUUUGGAAGAGUAUGAUCGACGGUUACGCAUGAAAUCAGUUGGAAAUAUUCGCUUCAUAGGUGAGUUAUUUAAGCAGCAAAUGCUGACUGUGAACAUUAUGCUGAGAUGUUUGGACAAUUUAUUGGAAAAUGGAGAUGAAGAAAGCUUAGAGUGUUUGUGUAAAUUAUUGACAACAAUCGGUAAAGAAUUAGAGAGCAAAGAAAUUGAUUUAAAUAAGAUAUUCAAUGCCAUGAAAGAUAUUGUUGAUAAGAAGCAGGGAAAAGUUAGCAGUAGAGUUAGGUUUAUGCUACAAGACGUAAUAGAUCUUAGAAGAAGUAAGUGGAUUCCUCGUCGACAAGAUUCAAAUCCGAAGACAAUUGAUCAAAUCCAAAAAGAAGCCGAAAAUGAACAUUUAAAUAUUCAAGCCAUGAAUUCGGUUCCUGUAACACCAAGAAAAGACGAUAGAGGCAGUAGCGCUGGCGCUAACACAGAAAGAAAAAGAAGAAAUGUUUCCUCCGAUGAUGGUUGGCAAACAACUACCCGAAAUCGGACACAAUUUUCAGUCCAAAGUGAUAAAUUAAAAAAUAAACCUCUUUUUUUGCAGCCUCAAACCGACGAACCGUUGGGAAGCCGACAAAUGUUUGGUAAUUGGAGUAAAGGCUCGAAUAUUAAAACCGAAACGUCAGCUACUACUAACACUGCCAAUAUGUAUGCGGCACUCGAACAUAUCGAUACAGAAAAACGUCCUUCAGGAUCGAGGUCGAAAGACCCUUACAGUUCCAAAGGGCCGAGCUUAGAACGCUAUAAUAAGUCAUACAAUGAUGGAAGAGGAUCCAGAUCUGGUUCACAACAUCGGUCAGCUGAGAGGGAGAGUUCCUUACCCCCAGCUCAGAAACUGCCUCAGACAACGAUGCCAACUACACCAAAAGCAGCUGCACAGGUGCCUAACAUGACAGAAGAACAAUUAGAAAGACACAUGAAGAAUAAUCUAGACGAAUAUCUAAACGAUAGUUGUUCAAUUGAGGAAUACAGUCAGGAUACUCAAGCUACUGUUCCCCAAGCAUAUUUCCCUAAACUGGUGACUGACGGGUAUCAACACGUUUUAGAGAGAUCAUCGACUGCUCGAUUAAGAACAGGCAAAUUGUUUGCUGAUUUAAUUAAUAGUGGAACUCUUCCGUUGGAGGAUUAUUGUAAAGGUUUAGAAAACUUGUUGAGUGAAGUGGAUGAUUUGACCAUUGAUAUUCCAAUGAUUUGGAAUUAUUUGGGCGAGAUUUUAGUUCAUUUGAUUUGUGAAGAAGCUUUGUCUAUAAAUAGGCUACACAAGUCGUGUGAACUGAUUAUUGAACAGGGCCAUGGAGCGAAAUUAUUAGGGGCAUUAUUUAAGUUAGUUGUAAGUGAAAAGGGACCGAAUUUUCUUACUAGCUGUUGGCAAGCUUCAGGACUUAGUCUUGAAAGUUUUAUGAACCAAUCUCAGGUUGAAUCUUUUAUAAAAGAUAAUAAGUUAGAUUUUCUAUGUGGCGGUGCACCGGCAACUGUCCAAAACCAAUUAACCUACGAGCAGAUUCAUAAUAAGUUAAGGGAAUUUUAUGCGAAGAAAAUACCAUUUGAUGAUAUUGUUAAUUGGAUAACGGCUAAUGCGGGGGAUAGAGUCAAGGACGGUAAAUUUGUUAGGAUAUUGGCAACAUCGAUAUUCGAUCAUGCGAUAGUGCGUCAUCGAUUGGUUGUUGAAAACUUGAAAGCCAACUACAAGUUGUUGCAAAAAUACGUUGAUAAUAAGCCAGAAUAUGAGUUGCAGUGUCUUUAUGCGUUGCAAGCGUUGAUUCAAAAGCUGGAACAUCCAAAAGGUCUUCUCUUGACUAUUUGUAACCAGUUGUACGAAGACGCCAUUAUUUCUCAAGACAGUUUUAUUGCUUGGGAAGCUAGUACUGAUCCUGCUGAGAAGGAUGGCAAAGGUGUGGCACUAAUGCAGUUGACUAGUUUCUUCACUCAGCUGAAGGAGAAUGAAGAAGAGUCAGGUUCGUCGUCAGAUGAGACCUAGCAGUUAGCAGUCCCUUUUGUGAUGCUGGCGUCCUCUUAGACCUAAUAAAUUAUUAAAAACAUUUAAGUGAAUUGCAGUGACUCUUAAAAAGCUAGUUAAAAAAUUUUUACAAUUGUUUAUAUUAUACAUAAUAUAUAUUAUACAUAUUUCAUAAAUAUAUGUUGCGAAACGUGUGAAGCACAGACUAACAGUUAAAAUUAAAGUGCGGGAAUAAACGUUCAAGUUAUCAAGUGCCCUCUAAUCAAUUGGAAUAAAGACAAAAAAAAUUUAAGUGAUAAAAACGGACGAAACGUGAACAAUAGUGGAAGAGCGUGGGCUCAGCUGGCCUCAGAUCCUGUUUUAUACUGUAUAUUUGUCUUUAUUAUUUAUAUAUAUUUUAUAUUGUUUAUUUGGUAACAUUUUAUUGUUUAUAGUGACGUCGUUAUUUUAUUAAUUAUGCGCAUAUGGAGUUGCUUGAUUCAUUUCGGCUGGGCCCGGUAAUUAUUAAAUUACACGUCAUUGUAAGCGAUUGAUCGUGAUGUUUACUUUUGUUAUAAAUUAAUUUGUUAUAUAUCAUGAUUUCUUACUGUUAAGUUAUAUAUACAUAUGAUAGGUAUAAUUGUUCUGUAUAAUAAAUAUGCAGCUGCACACUCCAGUUUUAGAUUUAUUUUUAAAAUAAAUUUUUAUUUUUUUCGUGUUACAACAAAUCUGAAACUGCUUUGAGCGACUGUUACUAGUCAGAAAAGUUAUUUUCUAAGAAAUAUUGUAUAUAUUUUCCGACAAAACAUAUACAGUAUUUUUCUGACUGAUUGUGUACAUAACUUCCUACGGUUGAUUACCCAGUUAUAUUCAACCGAACUCUUUAUUUUAGAAAUAACUUCGUUUUCAAGCCACGACUUGCUUUCUGAAGCAACCUGGCUUGGAAAUUCGAGACAUCUUUUUUACUGCUGUGUAACCAGUAAUUAUUUUGUGAGCGAAAUUGAGAGCUGGUUUCCUCAGUGAAGUUAUCAACUAUUAAACUUAGCGGUCAGGGAUCGAUGAGGAAAUUGUUUAAUUAUGGUUGGUUUAUGAAAAAUAUACAUAAGUGUGUUAAAUUAUCAAGACAGACUCUGCCAAACUGUUAAUAACAUUUAUAAAACGAUGCUAAACCUAGGCAACUGACAUAAUAAAUGAGCAAAAUACCAACACA